AUGCCAACCAAGAAGAAAUCCGAUGCUCGCAGCCAGGCAAGUGUAGAGCGGGGUGAUGUGAUUACUGUUGCUCCUGGCACACAUCACGAUUCUGGAGUAGACCAAAAGCGAGCCGCACAGGACAAAGCGCUCAAUCUACUGGCAGAGCACCAUGUGGAUUUUGAUCCCAAUAGCUCCGAAGCCAAACGUGUGCUUCGGAAGAUUGACAUGAGAAUUCUUCCCAUGACCAUCGCGAUUUAUACUUUUAUGUUGAUGGAUAAGAAUAGUCUGUCGUUUUCAGCUCUUAUGGGCAUAAAGCAGGACAAUAACCUCACUCCCGGACAAUACUCAUGGCUUGGCUCGAUUGUCUAUAUUGGCUAUCUAUGCGGUGAGAUACCUGCAGCAUUUCUGAUGCAACGCGUGCCUUUGAGGCAGUAUUUUGGCUGUAUGUGUAUGCUCUGGGGGAUUGUUGUUGCUAUGCAUGCUGUGUGCCACAACUUCGCGGGGCUUGCGACAGUGCGUUUCCUUCUAGGAGCAAUCGAGACCUGCACGGCCCCUAUCGUGAUCCAAGUCCUGGGUGCUUGGUAUACGAAAGAGGAACAGGUCUCUCGCGUGGCUAUCUGGUAUACUAGCUCGGGGUGGGCGAACGUCGGAGGAGGGUUUUUCGCGUGGGCAAUCUAUCAAGCCGGCACUUUCAGAUGGCAAGCGCUUUUUAUUUUUUACGGCUGCAUGACAUUCCUGAUUGGGGCUAUUCUAUAUUUCCUCCUAGCAGCCUCGCCGACAGAUGCUCAGUGGCUCACUGAUGAAGAGAAAACCAUUGCCCUGGAACGGGUUCGUUCCAACAAGACCGGUACUGAGAUUUGGCGAUUCAACCAGUCCCAGCUCAUUGAGGCAUUCUGCGACCCACGGUUCUAUAUUAUAUUUGUUCUUUUGGUCUGCACAGGGCUUCCGAAUGGCGGAUUAACAGUGUUUGGCCCAUCAAUCAUAACUGGGUUUGGAUUUACAACCUCGCAGAGUACUCUUUUGUACAUGGCUCCUGGGGCUGCUGCUGUUCUCGGUACAGGGGUCGCUUGUGUUGUGGCCAAAUACACCAAUCGAACCAUAGCAGGCAUCUUCCCCUUGGUUCUAUCAUGCAUUGGAAUUAUCAUGAUGUUCACCAUCCCUAGUGAGAACUACUCGGCACGGUACGGAGGCUAUGUUCUAACCAUGCAAUUUCCUAUCUGUGUUCUCUUCAUAAUCACAUACAUGACGGCAGGAGUGGGUGGUUCCACAAAAAAGCUGGCCUUUGGAGCGUCGUACCAACUCGGAUACACCGUGGGUAAUAUUGUCGGCCCACAAACCUAUCGAGAAAGCGAUGCCCCAAACUACUAUAUCGCCAAGUAUACCAUGCUUGCUUUCAUAGUGAUGUCAAUCAUUUUGAUUGCGGUCACCGGCAGUUUACACAAGUACUGGAAUAUUAAGAGGGACCGAAUGGAUACCCUGGAUGCUCAGCAGGGCACUAAGCACGAACAAGCGGAGAACGAGGAGUUUAUGGAUUUGACCGAUUUCCAGCAACGAUCAUUCCGUUAUCCAGUUUAA